AUGUCAAAGCGUCGAUCUUCAUCUGCGACAAGCAUCAACAGCGGUGGGGUGGUUCUCUGCGAGCACAAUGUUCCCGCUGUCGUUAAGACAUCAGGCACCUCGACCAACCCAGGCAGGCAGUUUUAUGGAUGCCCAUAUUGGCAGAAUGUGGAUGGGAAACAGAAGUGUAGGUUUUUUAGGUGGGUCGAGAGGAUUGAUGAUGGAAACCAGGAUCUUGAGGCAAUAAUAAUACAGUUGGAAGAUGCAUUGCGCCUCGCUGAGUCCAAGGCGGAGAGGAGGAAGAAUGAGAAAAAUGCGUUGAUCAAAGAUAUGGUUGCUCAAGGAAGGAGAUUGAACGAUGAUAUUCGGGCUAUUCGCUUAAUGAUAGGCAUUGUGAUAGUUUCCAAUGUUUUCUUUCUUCUCUUUUUGUGGAGGAACCAAACUUGUUUGUAG